CGCAGCCAAUCAGGCCGCUCUCGUAGGCAGCCAACGCGAGGCUGAGCCGCGCCGAGCCCGCGCCGUGCCCUGCGCUCAGCUCCUGCCACACUGCCGCGAACAAUACAGAGUCAGGAUGGCUAAAGGUGACCCGAAGAAGCCCAAGGGCAAGAUGUCUGCCUAUGCCUUCUUUGUGCAGACGUGCCGCGAGGAGCACAAGAAGAAGAACCCAGAGGUUCCUGUCAACUUUGCAGAGUUCUCUAAGAAGUGCUCGGAGAGGUGGAAGACUAUGUCAAGCAAGGAGAAGGCUAAAUUUGAUGAAAUGGCGAAGGCCGAUAAGGUACGAUACGAUAGAGAAAUGAAGGACUAUGGCCCAGCUAAGGGUGGCAAGAAGAAGAAGGACCCCAACGCCCCAAAGCGACCACCGUCUGGUUUCUUCCUGUUCUGCUCAGAGUUCCGCCCCAAGAUCAAGUCCACAAACCCUGGCAUAUCCAUUGGGGACGUAGCAAAGAAGCUUGGUGAAAUGUGGAACAACCUCAGCGAUGGUGAAAAGCAGCCUUAUAACAAUAAGGCCGCUAAGCUGAAGGAGAAGUACGAGAAGGAUGUUGCAGACUACAAGUCUAAAGGAAAGUUUGAUGGCGCAAAGGGAGCGGCAACCAAAGCUGCUCGGAAAAAGGUAGAGGAAGAAGACGAAGAGGAGGAGGAGGAUGAAGAAGAGGAGGAUGAAGAUGAUGAUGACGAAUAAAACUGUACAAUACUUGUCUCCAUGUGAAUACCAUAGAGUAGGGGAAACACCGUAAAUGCAGCACCUCUUAUUUGAGAUGGUGUCUCUUGCCCUUAUUAGGCUUAAUUAAAAAAGAAAAAAUUUGGAUUCCGAUCGCGUUGUAGUUUCUAAAAGUGCUCUAGAAAUUGUAACUGGUUUACAUGAAGUGGCCAUGGGUGUAAUGAGCACCCUGAAACUGUAUCAAAGUUGUACAUAUUUCCAAACAUUUUUAAAAUGAAAAGGCCCUCUAGUGUUCUCCUAACUCUGUGCACUUUGCUGUUGGUGUAACAAAGCAUUUAAAAAUGUUUCAAGCAUUUUUUUAAUUUGUAAGGUGGUGUUACUAUAUGGUUAUUGGCUAGAAAAUCCUGGGUUAUAAACUGUACAUAUCUAUAGUUUGUAAAAACUAGACAGAUUCUUGUGGUACAUGCUUAGAGUUAUGAUGCCUUAGAGGAGCAGUGAUUACUGGAGAGGCCGUACGUUCCCCGGGGUGCCAUGGCCCGAAGCAUGCACUGUGAGGGUAGAUCUAUUUACACUACAGUGGGCGUCCAUUUAGCUUAAAGUUGUCUUUCUGUAUAUAGUGAAAUAGCAUUCUGCUGCCAUUCUUAGUUGUGGAAGGGGGUUCAGCUGGCAUGAGAAGUGUACGGAUUUUUUUAGUUAAGUGCGGUAGUUUUUAAACUGAAACUGUAGACAUCUCUUCAUCGUCAACUCAGUGAAGAGCCAGUGCAGCAACUGAAGUUCAAAAACACUCUGUACUUAAACAAAUUUGCAACGUUCUGUUUUUUUUGUAUGUUUAGAAUGCUGAAAUGUUUUUGAAGCAAAAUAAACAGUAUUACAUUUUUAAAACUGUUCUUGACAACACUCUAAAUUUCUGGUUUAAAAGGAUCUUAACAACAGCGAGAGGUUCAUUUCCAAUCUGUGGCAUCCCUCAGGGCUGGUGACUUAGGAAACAUUCUGACUCAAGGAUUAAAAAUAAAAAUAAAUGGUGGCCAGCCAAAACUGGCUGAAUUGAAAGAGAUGGCUGCUCCAGCUAAUAUGCAAUCAUAACUGUUUAUGGCUGAGUGGCAUAAGAUGCUAUGCAAGUUUGAACUUUAUUACUUGAACUUGGGAGCCUAAAUGAACAUUCAUGACGUAAUUGUUUGUUUGUGUGUGUAUAUAGCAGCAUUCAGAGAUGCAGAGAAAGGUAGGUGGCUAGGAAUGAGGCUGAUACUAUGGAAUAAGUAUAAAAGCAUAGUUUGGAUUUUUUUUUUUCAGUUGUGUUGGGUAAAUUUAUAGCCCAAAUGCAUUGCUGUACAUAUUAAAAUGUGCCUUUUUUGUCCUGUGUUAAACUGUUUCAGACUUGUGGUUUUUUCUAGCAUCUUAACCCUGGGCAGGAGCGAGGCCCCUAGGCUGGCUGCAGCGCUAGGAGCGUGCUGCAGGUGCUCGCCCCGUGCCCUUCCCAGAGACACCAGGCGGCCGCGUGCUGCGGGGCAGGGCAUGGCACCCCUCUUCCCCUCCGGUGGCUCUGACUGCAGCGCAGACCCGAUCUUCCCAAUUCCAGCAGGGUGCCCCGCAGUCUGGGAUCGAGCUGCCCUGCUCAGUCCUGGGCUGGUGGCUCUGACCCCGUCCCUCGCGUUCUGGCUGUGGCUCGCGGCCCGUCUGCUUGGCCAGGAGGAGGUGGGCAUGCUGACGUGCUCGUGGUGACCCCGUCAGAUGUGCGCUGCCACGUGCCACCCGCUUGGCAGGAGAGGAGAACUGCUGUGUGGGUAUGGGUGCUGCCACCGACACAUCUGAGCCCAACUGCAGAUGCACGAGGGCCAGGCUUGCAGGCAGGAGAAGCAAUGCUGGUGAGGAGAAACAUCUUCAUCGCCUGACUGGGCUGUGUCUGGCUUUCUGUGACCUCUCAAUAACUGCGGUGUCGGGGCAAAACGCUGAUCUACUGUUGAGAUAGGGUAGGACCUGAGAGCAAAAACAAGUUAGGAACUUUCAUGGAAUAUAGCCGCACGUGGUGAUUUUUUUUUUUUAUGGUUUAGUGUUGGUUGGAUCUUGGAAAUGCUUCUGUAAUUGCUUAAUUAUGGCAAUUCUUAAAUGUCUUUAAAGAACUACAAUAGAAGAAGUGUGAAAUUGGCUCCCAUUUUAUGGGAAGUUGUGCUUUAAAAGGCUGAAUAAAACCGUGCCUGGGAAAGAAACAGGUACCCUUGUAUUC